AGUCGGGAGGCAGUGCCAGUGCGUGGUCGACAACCUGCAGACGUACAAGAUUGCGUGGCUACGUGUCGAUACACAGACCAUUUUAACGAUACAAAAUCACGUCAUAACCAAAAAUCAUCGCAUGAGCAUAACUCACGCCGAGAAACGUGCCUGGAUAUUGCGUAUACGUGAUGUAAAGGAGUCGGACAAAGGCUGGUACAUGUGCCAAAUAAACACGGAUCCCAUGAAGAGUCAGGUCGGUUACCUGGACGUUGUCGUGCCCCCCGACAUACUGGACUAUCCGACCAGCACCGAUAUGGUAAUACGUGAGGGCUCCAACGUAACCCUCAAGUGUGCCGCGACGGGUUCCCCAACACCGACGAUAACCUGGCGCCGCGAAGGUGGCGAACUGAUACCGCUGCCCAACGGAGCCGAGGCCGUCGCCUACAAUGGAUCCUUCCUGACCAUCGCCAAAGUGAACCGUCUGAAUAUGGGCGCCUAUCUCUGCAUAGCCUCCAAUGGCAUUCCGCCAACAGUCAGCAAGCGUGUGAUGCUCAUUGUGCACUUUCCACCCAUGAUUUGGAUACAGAAUCAAUUAGUUGGCGCCGCCCUCUCGCAAAACAUAACUCUGGAAUGCCAGUCGGAGGCGUAUCCCAAGUCCAUCAACUAUUGGAUGAAGAACGACACGAUUAUAGUGCCAGGUGAGCGCUUUGUGCCGGAAACCUUUGAGUCGGGCUACAAAAUAACCAUGCGCCUGACCAUAUGCGACGUCGACCUGCAGGACUUUGGAGCCUAUCGCUGUGUGGCCAAGAACUCCCUGGGCGACACCGAUGGCGCGAUCAAACUGUAUCACAUUCCCCAAACCACCACGAUGACAACAAUGGCUCCUACAGUAUCUAUCAACACAGUGCCCGUGGUUCUGGUGAAGUACAAUAAAGAACAACGCUACAACAGUGGCAGCAACCAGAACCAAAACUCCAACGGAAAUCCUUACAACUUCAAUCCCGGCAACAGUCAACAGAACUCGAAGUCGCAGCGCAACAAGGGCAAUGGCAAGGGCUCGGACCAGGCAUCCUCCGGAUUGAACAAUGUCUAUGUGGGAGCCACCUCGAGUCUGUGGAACUCACAGGAUCACUACUCGUCCUCCUCGUCCCGGGGCAGGGAUCAUCACCAGCAGCAGCAGCAGCAACAACACCACCAGCAGCAGCAACAGCACCACGGAUCCGAUCACAGUGCCACCUAUCGCUCGGAUGGCAAGAGUCCGCAUCUUACGAAACACGAUGCCAAGUCCUUGACGGACGAUCUGGAUCGCAUGCAGGACCUCAAAGGAUGGGCCCAUCAUUUGGCUCCCUUUACACCGAUAUUUGGUUUACCAUUUAUCCUGGCUGCUGGUUACCUGGGGGCGUGGCAGGAGUAGACUCUUGGUGUAGAAUUGUACAAACAAUAAAGUGAAGGGACAACCGCGCGGCGACAGAAUCACAAAAAAAACCAAAGUUAGGAUACACUAAUUCGUAAGCAAUACCCCUAUAAAUCGUGUUGGUCGAAAAAACAAACUUUUAUUUUUGUGCUGAGUGGAAGGAAAGUUGCUUACUGUAAAAAGUUGUUGAUGUUUAAGGUAAUCUAGCAUUUAAGUGGCAGGCGGAGAAUAAAAUAUUGUGGGUUCUGUAAACGCAACGGAAAUACAAAGUAUUAGAAUGUAAAACAUAAGGGUUUAAUAAUAAUAAUAUUAAUACAAAUAAUGAUGUUCUUAAGCCUACCAACUGAGACUCGGGCCGAGGUUAGAUCUAAGCCACCGGGGUCAGCCGAUGCCAUCACUCUUACUUUUAGCCCCGUUCUAGCUUAGUUCCCAAGCACUGCAAGCUGUAUGAUAAAUAUUACAUAAACAAUGUCAUCUUGAUUUACAAAAAAAAACGAAAUAAA